UUUUCCUAGCUUGUAAGCUACCAGCCAGCUAGACAGAUGUAAGCUAGCACAGAUAUAAAUUAGACAAAGAAACCUUGUGAAGAGACUGAGUGAAAAAGAGUGUAAAGUAACGGAGGGUGAAAGGAGCGACUGUGACACAAAGCUAUAUGCGUUGUCCGAUAUAUAUGGAAGUAUGAAAUUGAAAGAGUGGAACAUGAGAAUGGGGCCAUGAAGGAUCCUGUGAUAACUUAGAAAAAAUUGCAUCUUUGUACAUUUCAACUAUUCAAAAGUGCUUUCAGGACGAGAGUGAGUGGUACCCCGAAGCCAGUGAUGUCACGGGUUCCCACCCCUCCUCCUCCUGGGGAGAUGUCAAGUGGACCUGUGGCAGAGAGCUGGUGUUACACACAGGUUAAAGUUGUGAAGUUCUCGUACAUGUGGACCAUAAACAACUUUAGUUUUUGCAGAGAAGAAAUGGGGGAGGUGUUGAAGAGCUCAACCUUCUCCUCUGGCCCUAAUGACAAGAUGAAAUGGUGUCUGCGAGUCAAUCCAAAGGGACUUGAUGAUGAAAGCAAAGAUUAUCUGUCAUUGUAUUUACUUCUUGUUAGUUGUCCAAAAAGUGAAGUUAGAGCAAAGUUCAAGUUUUCUUUGUUGAACGCUAAAAGAGAAGAGACAAAAGCGAUGGAAAGCCAAAGAGCAUAUAGAUUUGUCCAGGGCAAAGACUGGGGCUUCAAAAAAUUUAUAAGGAGAGAUUUUCUCCUUGAUGAAGCCAAUGGACUCUUACCAGAUGACAAGCUCACACUGUUCUGUGAGGUAAGCGUGGUCCAGGACUCGGUUAACAUUUCGGGCCAGUCCAACAUGAACAUGCUGAAGGUACCGGAGUGUCAGCUGUCUGAUGACCUGGGGAACCUGUGGGAGUGUUCACGCUUCACAGACUGCAGCCUCUAUGUGGGAGGGCAGGAGUUCAAAGCCCACAAAUCCAUCCUUGCAGCAAGGUCACCAGUCUUUAAUGCUAUGUUUGAACAUGAAAUGGAGGAGAGUAAAAAGAACCGCGUUGACAUCAGUGAUGUAGACCCAGAUGUCUUUAAGGAAAUGAUGGGCUUCAUCUAUACAGGAAAAGCCCCGAACCUGGAGAAGAUGGCAGACAAUUUGCUGGCAGCUGCAGAUAAAUACGCUCUGGAGCGUUUAAAGGUCAUGUGUGAAGAGGCCUUGUGCAACAGCCUUUCAGUGGAGAAUGUGGCCGACACCCUCAUCCUAGCAGACUUGCACAGUGCCGAGCAGCUCAAAGCACAAGCCAUAGAUUUUAUCAACAGGUGCAGUGUCCUGAGACAGCUGGGCUGUAAAGAUGGAAAGAACUGGAAUAGCAAUCAUGCUACAGACAUAAUGGAGACUGCAGGCUGGAAGUCAAUGAUCCAAUCCCAUCCUCACUUGGUAGCCGAGGCCUUUCGUGCCCUGGCUUCAGCACAGUGCCCACCCUUUGGUCUUCCCAGGAAGCGUCUAAAACAGUCCUGACUGCCCGACUGUGCCCCAGGACUUUACUGGAGGUGUGAAGCAUGGGUUUACAAAGAAAGGACUAGCGAGGGUACCACUCUUUAUUCCACCAAAACUGAACACACUUGAAUAAAGAAGAGUGGAGCUUUCUGCCCAGGGAUUUGGGAAGGCUGGCACGUGGACGACUGACAUCAAUGGAUUGGGGAAAAAAUUGGUAAAAUUGAUGUUGCUUGCUUGCUUUGCUGCCCCAACUGAAUUGUGUUCAGCCUGGGUAGCAAGUCAAGCUGUCUGCUACUUUUUUUCCCCUGUAAUUUUAAAAAUGGCCUUAAUAUAUCUGCCAUUGCUCUGGAGCUGCUCCAGAGUACUUUGUCUAUUUUACUCUGUGCCUGCCUUGUCACAAAGACCAGGCCUCCUCCAGGUUGCACUAGUUCCCAUGAAUAGUCAUUUUGAUAUGGAGUUCUAUAGGAACGUAACAAAGGUUUAACUAAAUGGGAAAUAUUAUAUAUUUGUAAUGUUUAGCCCGUUUUGUGACUAGACAUUAAAAAGCAUGAACACUUUCAGUGCAAGGUCAGUCCUUUACACUUUUUAAAAGAUGUGUAUGCCCCAUAUUGAUGGCACCAUUUCUAUGUAAAUGACAGUUGCACCAUCUUCAGAAGACCAGUGUACAAGAAAGUCUGUUCUAUUGCGUAUUUGUGGGAAAAAUUGUAAUCUGCCAUUAUGAAGACCCAGUGUCUAUCCUAAUACACGUAAGACGGAAAAGUGUCUAUUCUUUGGCCCUAAUAUAUUAAAACAUUGGAAGUAUUUA